AUCCUUCUUACCCUCCGCUGAUAAUGAAGAGUCCCAAAUCGGCCGCAGUUCUGCCAUGCAAGAAGAAAAUUUAAAUAAACAAAUACGGAAUUAAAGGGGGGGUCUAGGAUGAGACCGAAGUUGAUCAAAUAUCCUGGUGCACUGGAAACUUAGGUUUUGACGGGGAUUUCUGUCAACAUCUGCCAUUCUUAGAUCUCUGAAUCAGACCUUUUGGAACACCAGUUGUAUCCCUGUAUGCUUAGGGCCCCGUGGGACGGUGUAACGCCCAUUAGAACAAAUCUCUGUCGUCUGUUACAUCCCGGUGAGCUUUAACCCGCUGCCUCCUUGCAUUCUCUUGGCUGGCAUUUGGAUUUGCAGAGCCAAACCUAGGAGCUGUCUCUAGAAGAAAAAAAAUGCUUCGUACUGCUGCCGUCGUUGGACUUGCGGUCUUGAUUUCCUUACUAGGAAUUGGGAUGUCUACAGGAUCAAGUAAGUAGCGCAAAUUUGGUUUGAAAAUUUGAGAAACAUUUGAAUCUAGAUUUAAAGUAAAAGAGGUUCGCGUUGUUUUUAUUGGGUUUUUUUUGCUGUUGUCGGGGGGGGGGGGCGUCACAAUUUAUGUUGUUCCAUAAACAGUUAAAAAUUGUGAAAAUGUGUUAAAACGGGAAAUAUAAGCAGAUGUCGGUUCCACAAAACUGAAAAUGUCAAAUUAAAUUAGAUUUAAAGUAAAAGAGGUUCGCGUUGUUUUUAUUGGGUUUUUUUUGCUGUUGUCGGGGGGGGGGCGUCACAAUUUAUGUUGUUCCAUAAACAGUUAAAAAUUGUGCAAAUGUGUUAAAACGGUAAAUAUAAGCAGAUGUCGGUUCCACAAAACUGAAAAUGUCAAAUUAAAUUACUCCUGUUAUGAAGCAUGGCAUGCGACUUCCGGGACGUUGAUGAGGCUGUAAACCAAGAAGGACCACUCUGUUAGGCGAAAUGCAGAAUUAAAAAAACAUUCACAAAUCAGUCAAACAUUUAAAAUAUGGAGUAGAAUAUAGACCAAACAUUGACAAUAUAGAGUAGAGUAUAGAUCAAACAUUCACAAUAUAGAGCAGAAAAUAGAUCAAACAUUCACAGUAUAGAAUAGAAUAUAGAUCCAACAUUAACAAUAUACAAUAGAAUAUAGAUCAAACAUUCAUAAUAGAGAGUAGAAUAUAGACCAAACAUUCACAAUAUAGAGUAGAAUAUAGAUCAAACCUUCACAAAAUAGAGUAGAAAAGGUUGUUCAAUUAUUAUCUAGCGCAGGGGUCCUCAAACUCUUUAUGCACAGGGCCGGUUCACUGGAACUCAGACACCGUUGGGGCCGGACUAUAGAUGAAAAAAGCUAUAAAUGAAUUCCUAGGCACACUGCACGUAUGUAACUUGUGGUUGAAAAAUAGGACCCCUCCUCCCCCCCCCCACACACACACACUACAAACGUAGAACAGUUUAACAUUUACUUAAUAGGGUGAGUAUUGCGAUGGAAAUUGUGGGACUUUUUUGUUCCCCUAAUGAAAUGGUCAAUGUACGAUUCCAUAUCUAUCGCCUCUGCCCGGGUUACAGUACGGCAGCCAAGCGGGCCGGGUUGAGGACCCCUGGUCUAGAGUGUAUAAUCUUAUAUAUGUAUUUUACAUUUAUAUGUCUAGAGAUAGGGAUAUAUAUUUCAGUGUAGAAAAAUGGUUCAUAAAAAAACCACUUAAUAGAUUUUACAAUAAAUCUGCUGUCACGUACAUCAAUUCGUCUAGCAAUGUGUUACAUCUCCUCUGUGUAAUACCUCUUCCCUUGUUAUACCUCUCCUCCAUGUUAUACAUCUCCUCCAUGUUAUGCCUCUUCAAUGUGUUAUACCUCUUCCCUGUGUUAUACAUCUCCUCCGUAUUAUACCUCUUAUUUGUGUUAAAGUCAAACACCAACUUAGGCCAGACACCACCUUAAGUCAUUCACCAAUUUAAGUCACAUACCCACUUUAGUCACAUAAAACAUAAGUUUCGCACAAACUUUAGUCAUACGCCAUUUACAGCAGGCAGAAAUAUGAAGCAAUCAAAUAUUUACAGCUUAAAAUUUUAGUAGAAUUGAAUCUCUCGCCUCGAAAACACUUGCCUAGAAAACUCUUGCCUAGAAAUCUCUUGCCUAGAAAACUCUUGCCUAGAAAUCUCUUGCCUAGAAAACUCUUGCCUAGAAAACUAAUGUUUAAACCAAACCAAAGGAAAUGUUAAGAAAUGGAAAGAUUACGAAAUGCUGGUGUUUAGUGUGGUAGGACCAUUUCUUGUGUCGUAGACCUUUCAUUGCGCACAUGGGAUACGGUAAACAUAGACCCAACGAAUGAUUAAACAUUGACACAAAACACACACACACACACACAUACACACACACACACGAAUUGAACGAAUUGGACGUUUAGUCCACCAUUGGCAGAAAAUAGGGGCUGCAACUGGUGUUGACUUAAUGACGUCUGCUGUUUUUUUUUUUAUCCAACCUUAUAACCCACGAACCGAAACUAUGUCAUAGCAAGUAUUGUUGUAUAGUAUAUUACAGUUUUAAAAAAAUAAAAUUUGCUCUACAAUGGCGAGUAAUCGAAUCAAUAUUACAAAUUAUUUUAACUAAAUUAAGUUUUCUUUUAAAAAGGGCAAUAAAAAUUAAUAUCGAAAUACAAAACCCUGAUGAAUAUGUCGGAACCAAGGAGCACGGUUGGAGAUACAUCGACACUUACCUUACCCUGUGGAGAUGGAGAUGGAUGAAAGGAUUUAAUUAGAUCAUUACAGUUUGAGUGGAUGAAUGGACACAUUGGAUACACAAGUGGAUAAACGUUUCGGGAUGUGGGUUGGAUGGUGGAUGAUUGAAUGGAUCGUGGGCGGGUGGAUUGUGGUCGAUUGGUGGAUUGAACAAACUGAUGGAUUGUGGUCAAUUGGUGGAUUGAACAAACUGAUGGAUUGUGGUCAAUUGGUGGAUUGAACAAACUGAUGGAUUGUGGUCAAUUGGUGGAUUGAACAAACUGAUGGAUUGUGGUCAAUUGGUGGAUUGAACAAACUGAUGGAUUGUGGUCAAUUGGUGGAUUGAACAAACUGUUGGAUUGUGGUCAAUUGGUGGAUUGAACAAACUGAUGGAUUGUGGUCAAUUGGUGGAUUGAACAAACUGAUGGAUUGUGGUCAAUUGGUGGAUUGAACAAACUGUUGGAUUGGCUGGAUGCAAUGGAAUAUUCCCAAAAAAUAUAAGACACGAAAUAGAGGGUCAGUGGCGUCACUGAGGUUGGUGUCGAUCGAUUCAGUCCGCCCCCCCCCACCCCUUUCCACAGUGACGGUACUGUGAGGGUUUCAUCUUCUUGGUGGUGAUCCACUCCAUUCUAGCCUUUCAAAAUUAUAGCGGAAGUAACUUAUCAUUGAAGUGUUGUAUCCGAGACUAAAACAAACGUCACAAAUUAUUUCUUUUCAAAAUUAUAAGCCGGAAGUAUGAUAUGGCUAAUUACAUUGGUGGGUCAAGUGGUGGGUCAAGUGGUGGGUCAAGUGGUGGGUCAAAUGGAAAAUAAAAACUCAACAGAUUUGGAAAUGGGUGUUAAAACCGGCCAGUUUUCAAUUUAGGAAAUCGUAGAAAAUUUUAGAGUGAGGGGAGGUUGGGGGGGGGAGGGGGGGGGGGUGGGGGGGAGGGAGGGGGGGGGGGAGUGGGGGGAAUUAACAGAAGAAUGGGGUAACAAAAUGAGGAAUAAUUUUUCUUUAUCAUUAAAGUUGUAGUUGAAAUGUUUGAGGAAUCCUUCAAGUCAUCAAUGACCUAACCUCAAGUGUUCACAGCGCGCCAUUGGCGCCAUGUGCCAGAUUUUUUUUGAAACGUGUGUAUUUUUUUUUUUCAAAUUUAAAAAGAUUGUGUGAUUUCAUAUUAUUUAAUUUGAUUGACCUUUACCAAAAAAAAAACAAAAACAACAACAACAAAGCAAAACAUUUCAUCACUACCUAAAGCUGACAAUGUGACAAAAUUUCUAAGAAACCAGAUUUUAUCGGACGUGCAAACACGAUCUGAGAAGAAAGGGGGAGGGGGGUGUCUUCUAUUGGUUUAGUCGGCUGACGGUGGAGGAGGCUCCGUCCCCUUUAUAUCACGAGUCCAGGGUUGGUCGUGGUUUAUGAUUUCCUCGUGAACCGUCUUUUAAACCAGGAAGCGUUUAUUUGAUCAAGUACGGUAAGCCAAGGGACCGAAUCUUUUUUUGUGUGUCAUGGUGUUUCUUCAAUGUAAGACGAAAGGGGCGUGUCUGCUUAGUUAAGAAUAGAAAGGAAAGGGUUGCUCUUGAGGAUGUAGAAGUACCGCACGCUGGUGAAAUCUAGGAUUUAUCUUGGAUGAGUUUGAAGGGCUAUGACUAAAUAAAAACAAAAACAAAGGUCUAAUUUCAGCAUGAGUAAGAUUUUUUUGUGGGGGGGGGGAGGGCGUAAUUCAAAAUCAAAAUAAAGGUCUAAUAUCAGCGUGGGAGAUAUUUUUUCUGGGGGGGGGUGGUUGGGGGUUCAGGGGGAGGCUAAAUAAGAACAAAGAAACGAAGGUCAAGGUCUGAUAUUAUGACAAGGAAGAAAAGAAGAAUAUAUUGCUUUAGAGCAGCGGCACUCAACCUGUGGGUCGCGGCCCCUUUGAGGGUCGAACGACCCUUACACAGGGGUCGCCUUGGACCAUCGGAAAACACAUAUUUAUGAAAUGGCAACGAAAAUAAUUUUAUGGUUGGGGGGUGACCACAACAUGAGGAACUGUCUUAAAGGGUCGCGGCAUUAAGAAGGUUGAGAACCGCCGCCUUAGAGAAAAAUUAUUAAAAACAAAGUUAUGGACCAAAAUUUUCUUGCUGUUACGUAAGACGACUGUCAGAGAUGGAUUUGUUGUUUGUUUGUUGUUUUUUUUUAAUUUAGGGGUGGGGCAGAGGGGGUGGACCAAUGAAAAUGUUGACCAGUGGUCAAUGCAAAUGUUUAGGGAUGGUGGUUUGGUGUUGCAACAUUUAGCGGGUUACAAACCCGUCAGUACUCUUUGUGAUGGACAGUGUCUGAGGUUGAUUUAGUUUUGUCUGGUCUAAUGUACAGUGUCUGAGAAUGAUAUAGUUUUGUCUGUUCUAAUGUACAGUGUCUGAGGUUGAUUUAGUUUUGUCUGUUCUAAUGUACAGUGUCUGAGGUUGAUUUAAUUUUGUCUGGUCUAAUGUGCAGUGUCUGAGAUUGACACAUUUUUGUCUGUUGUAAUUUUAUGCAUAGUCUGAGAUUUUUUUAUUGUUUUGUCUGUUCUAAUGCACACACAGCACGAUGCACAACUAUGUUGCAAAACAGGGGCGUGUGUGUACUCAAGAGUCAGAUGUGUCCAUCCGGGCUUGUGGAGUACGAGUACUUCAGUAACUACGUCGGCUGUUUCACGAUGGAUAAAAAAUGCUGCUCACCCCCAGAGCGUAAGUUAUCUUCAUGAAUUGGGUUAGGGUUACGGUUAGGGUUAGGGUUAGUGUUAGGUUUAGGGUUAGGGUUUUGUUUAGGGUUAGGGUUACGGUUAGGGUUAGAGUUAAGGCAUUUUUUUUUAUUGAGAAACUUGAUAUUUAUACUUGAGUAACGUGAUACUUUUGAUUGCGAAACUCGAUACGACAAAUUUCUUGACAUUUAUUACGUAUAAUAUUAAGUUUUGCUUUUAGGUCUGGGGCUGGGGGAGGAAGGGGUGAUAUAUGGGCGUAUCUACGAUGGUGUAAAGGUGGUUAAUGUUACAAAUUAUGAGUACACUGUUAGGUUGACAUUAUGUACGCUGAGAUCUUCAAUGUGAUGCUAUCAGAUCUUUAAUGCGAGGCUGUCAGAUCUUAAAAAUGAUCUUAAAUGUGUGGCCUUUAGGAUCGUAUCGUCUUCUCGAAGGCUGUGUGUCCUGGCUGCGCCACCAGAUGGCAGUCCAUAGGCCUUGGCUGCGCCACCAGAUGGCAUUCCAUAGGCCUCGGUUGCGCCACAGGACGGUCUACCAUUUGCCUCAGUUUCUCCACCGGAAGGCAGAUAUUCUGCCAGUUUCCCAAUGGACUGACCACUUCAACCAAAUUCCUAAAACAUUUAGUAAAAAAAGGCGUUUGAACGUUUGCCAAAUAUGAGCUAUAAAUAAAUUUUAAAAAAAAUGAAAACGAUUAAAAACCAAGAGAAUUUGCCUAUGGCAUGGCUUCACUACUAGAUGGGGGUUCUCCUUUUAAAUUAUGAUUAUUAAUAAUAUUGUUGAGUUAGUUCCUUUUAUUGAUAACUUUAGAGAGUUUGUUUCCGUAUGGAUAUUUAAUAUUGUGGAGUUAGUUCCCUUAACAUCUUAAUAUUGGAGAGUUAGUUUCCCUAAACGUACACCAAACUAUAUUUUACACAUUUGAUAUUUCAUGUUUGACACUAUUUUUCAGUUAUACGAACAGAAAGCCCAACCGUAACCCCAUCAACUUCUACAUCAACAUCUACAUCAACAUCAACAACAUCCAUAACAACGCCCUGGACCUCCUCGACAAAAGAUAACAACGGUGCUCCGCCUACGGUCAGCCCCACACCAACAUGUGGACUGGGCAGCCAAGAAAAUUUUGAUAAAAUAUUGGAUGGUCUCCCUACUGGGGUCUGUGACUGGCCAUUCGUGGUGUCCAUUAGGUAAGAGAGCAGGAGAGGGGAGACAUGUUGUUUCAAAGCUUUUAAGUUAGAGCACAAGAAAGUGGCUAUUAUCGAUUAUGCUAGAUUCCACACAGGUUUGAUCUCAACUGAAAUAUGAGUGGUUGGUUUGGGCUGGGCUGUGUAUGGUUGUACAGGAUCUGAAAGAGCUGCUGACGCCUUAUGUACCCACUAGAGAGCUCCGCUCAUCCGAUAGUGGCAAACCCUUGACACCACGUGUUUGCCUUGAGACUUACGGAAAACACACUUUCGCAUUUGCUGGUCCAACAAUUUGGAACGCCCUUCCUGUCGAUCUCAGAAACAACCAGACACUGGAGUCUUUUAAAACCGAUCUAAAGACACAUCUAUUUCGCAAACACCUUCUGGGAUGAUUGUCUACCUUAUUUUUCAGUUAAUGCAUAAUGGCUGUGUUGCUUAUGGUUGAAAUGGCUAGAAAGACUUUGCAAUUGUAUGCUUGUAAUUAGUUUUUGUAGUGUUGCGUUUGUUUUAAAUGUGGUAAAUUAUAGAUUUGUUUUUUGUUGACUUUGUACCGCACUUCGAGCCUUUGGGGAUGAAGCGUGUUUUUGAAAUGAACUUUAUUAUUAUUAUUAUUAUUGUGUGGGGUUGUCUAUGAUUAUCAGUAAGUGUGUGUGGUUGUGCGAGGUUGUUCAGGGAUUGGUGGUGGGGAUUUUUCUGUCCAUGGAUAUAAAAAUAUGGGAUUUUAAUUCUCAUCUCUUGAAGUUUUUAGUGACAAUCACGUCACUUCCCAUUUGUGCAUACUCUCGAACCAGUCCAUUCCACCACCAGUCACGCGAGUAUCUCGUUCAAGCAGUCGAUGCCACCACCAGUCACUCACUAAUCUCGUUCUAAAUAGCUUAAAUGAUAUUUCAAAAUCUCAUCUCUCCAGGGCCUUGCUACAAAACGCGCAGCAGUUGUCGUAUGCCACCACGUCACACGCGUGCCAAGGGGUUCUCAUUGGACGCCAAUGGGUGCUGACCAGCGCCUUCUGUGUUUACGGGUAAGCUGAAGUGGGCUAAUAACGAAGAAACACUAUGUGCAAACGGUGGUCGUAACAUUAGUUAAGGUAAAGAAAAAAAAGAUAUCACUAUGCAUGAAAUAAGAAAAUAUCGAGGUACGUCGAAUAUGAACGAACGAUAUUCGAUUACUCAACUAUAACUGAUUACAUAGCUAUAACUGAUUUCAUAACUAUAACUGAUGCAUAACUAUAGGUAAUUACAUAACUAUAAAAAAAUAACAGUAUAUUUAUCUGCUGUAUCAUAGCCCUUUCUUGAAAAUUUGCCUUUCUAAAAUUAAUCAAGUUAAAUUCCUGCUCACGAAACGAUGCUCUACCUUCCAAGGGGCUCAAAAGUGUUAGUGUUAGCUCUUUUCUACCUUUAAAUGAGCUCAAAUCUAUUAGUGUCAGCUCUUUUCAACCUUCAUGUCACCUCAAAUCUAUUAGUGUCAGCUCUUUUCAACCUUCAUGUCACCUCAAAUCUGUUAGUGUAGCUCUUUUCAACCUUCAUGGGAGCUGAAAAGUGUUAGUGUUAGCUCUUUUCUACCUUCAUGGGAGCUCAAAUCUGUUAGUGUUAGCUCUUUUCAACCUUAAUGGGAGCUCAAAUCUGUUAGUGUUAGCUCUUUUCAACCUUCAUAUACUAUUUUACUUGUCAGUGUAUUACAAAGAGUGUAGCAUUAAAUUCACACCGUAUUCUCAACAUAUUGUCAACAUUUGCGAGUCUCAUUCCCUGAACCCCUGGUCCUGACAUGGCCCCAUUCUUGGGUUACAUUCUUCCAAACGCUACAGUGGGAUGCUUUCAUUUCUGUCCCAAACUCCUCAGAGCUGGCAGCACUUUGCAGGAAGCCCCCAGUCGUAUGCUCGUGGUGGCGGGCGAGUACGAUGUCUCUGCCAUUGACAUUGACCCACUUACUAGACAGCAGCAGGAACAGCUCAUUAGAGUAACCAACGCUUACAUCUACCCCACGUACGCCUACAAGUCGCAGCUGGAGGCCAUCCCAUUUGACGACCUUGUCAAAUUAAAUAGUAAGUCCCCCCCUCCCCCCUCCCCCCCCAACCCGUCUUUUUAUUAUGGGGCUUUCCGCUUUUUUUUUUUAAAACCCAAAACAUUUUUUUUAUAAAUUAAAUACUAAGUCCCCCCCCCCCCCCUCCCCCCCCACCCCGCCUUUUUAUUAUGGGGCUUUCCGCUUUUUUUUUUUAAAACCCAAAACAUUUUUUUUAAAAAAUAUUCUGGCAUCUGAAUUUUAGCACCAAAACAACAACAACACCACCAAAUGAGUGGUCUAAAGUUUCAAUGCACCAUUGAACAAAGAGUUAUGCUCUUUUAAAUAUGUGAUAGUUUUGCUUAUCCUAAGUACGGUUUUUGUAUGUUUUCGUACAGUUUUUGUUCUGGUAUCGUUUUUUAUGUUCUGGUACAGCUUUUGGUGUUCUGGAACAGCUUUGGGUUUUAUUGUACAGUUUUUGGUGUUCUGGUACAAUUUUUGUUGUUCUGAUACAGUUUUUGGUUUUCUGGUACAGUUUUUGGUUUUCUGAUACAGUCUGUGUUGUUCUGGUACAGUUUUUGAUGUUCUGGUACAGUUUUUGUAUGCUCUAGUACAGUUUUUGAUGUUCUGAUACAGUUUUUGUUGUUCUGAUAUAUUUUUUGUUGUUCUGAUACAUUAUUUGUUGUUCUGGUACAGUAUUUGUUGUUCUGGUACAGUUUUUGGUGUUCUGAUACAGUUUUUGUUGUUCUGGUACAGUUUUUGUUGUUCUGAUACAGUUUUUGUAUGCUCUAGUACAGUUUUUGGUGUUCUGAUACAUUUUUUUGGUUCUGAUACAGUUAAUGGUGUUCUGAUACAGUUUUUGAUGUUCUGAUACAGUUUUUGUUGUUCUGGUACAGUUUUUGUUGUUCUGAUACAGUUUUUGAUGUUCUGAUACAGUUUUUGUUGUUCUGGUACAGUUUUUGGUGUUCUGAUACAGUUUUUGGUGUUCUGAUACAGUUUUUGUUGUUCUGGUACAGUUUUUGGUGUUCUGAUACAGUUUGUGUUUUUCUGGUACAGUUUUUGAUGUUCUGGUACAGCACUGGUUGCUUAAAUACACAUCAUUUUAUGCCCAUCGAAAAUAAUAAUAAUAAUAAAAAAAUCAUUUGAUCUUAAGACUCGCACCACUUACUAAUUAUUUAGAUUAAAAAUGAUUUUACAAGAUAAGGAUAAAAUAUCUUCCGCCAUUAAAAAUCCCUCUUCUAAAAGGGAAACCGCUAUAAUUUGAAAGUGCAUGGACACUUUCGCAUAGGCAAAUGCACAUUGACGAAUAUCAGACUAACUCCUCCCCCACCCCCCACACCUACAUACUCCUCGGGUUACUUCAACCUUUAUUGUUGUGGUUUGUAAAGUGGUAUUUUGUCAUUAAAUCUGUCCAAUAGGCGAUGGCGUUGCUCUCAUUAAACUAGCUGAACCAAUCAACGGCCGUUGCUCUGGUACCAUUUGUCUGCCCUCUCAAAACGAGGCAGCCAAUGUCUGUGCAGGAUAUGAGGAGUGCUUUAUCACAGGAUGGGGAUUCUCCACGGAGACAUUUGAUGACAGUAAGUAGAGUUUGGUGUCAUCUAAUGACAUCAAGUAGAGUUUGAUGUCAUUAGAUGAAAGUAAGUAGAGUUUGAUGUUAUUUGGUGACAGUAAUUAGAGUGUGAUGUCAUUUGACGGCGGUAAGUGGAGUUUGAUGUCAUUUGAUGACAGCAAGUAGAGUUUGAAGUCUACCUUAAGUAGCAUUUAAUGUCAUUAUCAUAUAGUCAUUUUAUGAAAGUGUAAAUAUUUGAAUCCAUUUGCCUUCAUGUUUAAAAUGUUUUUAUUCUUAAUUUUCAAACAUCCAUUCCAUGGAAUUAUACUCAACACCGAGGGAAAAAAUGUUUAUAUUAUGUCCCCACAAUGGUGACAUGAAUCUGGGGACGAUACUCGAAACAACUCUCCCCGUUUUCCCACAGUGUUGACAAUGAAUGAAGUGAACAUUCAAACGUUAAUGCGGAUCACGAAAAAACCUCUGUAAUACUUCUGAAAAGAUCUGUGAUACUUCUGAAAAGAUCUGUGAUACUUCUGAAAAGAUCUGUGAUACUUCUGAAAAGAUCUGUGAUACUUCUGAAAAGAUCUGUGAUACUUCUGAAAAGAUCUGUGAUACUUCUGAAAAGAUCUGUGAUACUUCUGAAAAGAUCUGUGAUACUUCUGAAAAGAUCUGUAAUACCUCUGAAAAGACAUGUAAGGCUGUCGAAAAGAUUUGUAAUACUUCUGAAAAGAUGUGUAAUACUUUUGAAAAGAUCCGUCGUACUUAUGAAAAGAUCCGUCGUACUUCUGAAAAGAUCUGUCAUACUUCUGAAAAGAUCCGUAAUAGUUCCGAAGUCAUCUGUGAUUUCCCCUCUUGUUUUAAUCCAACAAUCUUAUGUCAGUGACUUUUAAAAAGUCUUGAAUGAGUUUAUUAUGAGUUUAGGGAAAUAAAUGAGAUGAAGAAGUUAUUGCGUUGAAGUUAUUAUCAUCUCCUAAGACCGAUUUAUGAGAGUAGACAGAUAAUCGCCGUAAGAUGCAGUUGGCUUACGAUUUGUUGGCACUUCUUACUCACAAACGAUGCAUCACGACGUCAGCAGCGAGAGAUUUCCGCCUUGGAGAAUGCAGUGCCACCACCCGACCUUACACUCAUCAUUUGGCCUGAUUUAUAUUUUUCAUUUCUUUAAUAUGUCUGCACAUCAGUACAUGCUUCUCUUGUUGUUCACAGACAUAUCACCUCAGCUAGUACAUGCUUAUCUUGUUGUUCACAGAUAUAUCACCUCAGCUAGUACAUGCUUAUCUUGUUGUUCACAGACCUGUCACCCCAGCUAGUACAUGCUUAUCUUCUUGUCCACAGACCUAUCACCCCACCUAGUACAUGCUUAUCUUCUUGUCCUCAGACCUAUCACCCCAGCUACUCAGUGGUCGAGUCAAACUUUCGUCCCGCGAGGCCUGUAACUUCCUGACCGAGCGACUUGGUCUCCAGUCUAGCAGACCCAAUGGGACCAUCUGCCAGAGUCCCACCCAUUCAAACACGGACAGUUGUCUGGUAUGCUGUAUCUUAUUAACUUGAUAUCUUAGAUCAGCGGUGAUCAACGUGGAACAAUUCGCCCCCCCCCCUGAUGGCCACAGCAUACUUGUUGGGACCAUUAAUAAAACAGAACGUCUGGGGAGAGGCUAUAAUAAUUCUCAGUUGGAAAAAAGAAGGGGGGGGGGGGGGGGGCCACCAAAAUUCUUUAAAAAAAAAAUUAUAAUUGCAAUUAAACUUGCUUAGCGACUUACAUUGAAAUAAUUUAUAAUCUACGAUUGUGACUUUAAACAAUUCAUAUUCAUCACCAUUAUUGUUCGUCCUUCGCAUGCCAAGAGGAGGAGUAGCCUUGAGGUGAGCUGUUGAGGGAGAGCUGCUCAAACGUCCUUGCCUAUUUGUUCCAAUGUCAAGGCUUUGCUUGGAUGAGUUGCCAUCCGAGUUUAACGGGGGGGGGGGCCCAUCUACCCACGAGGGGCUGCUGGGGUGGAUUUUUGGCUUCUGCUGAGGAUUGAACCAGAGACCACUGUUGGCUCAGUUUAGGCCACUCGGCCACUCAGCAUCCUCUUCACUAUUCAUCGCUAACACUACGCUUUACACAUCAUUAUGUUGUACAUUUUAACACUAUUUUAAAAAAAAAAGAAAAUAAUCCCAAGAAGCAAGUUGUAAUUAGUUGAUUAUUUUAUUAAAAUACAUUAAGAUGAUCCAUUCACAAAUUUUGUAAAUUCGUGAAUUUGAAUUUCGAACCGGAAGCAAAAUAAUAAUAAUAAUUGUGGCGAAAUAACUUCUGCCUAAACAGAAGACAACGCCCGCUUUAGGGUAAAUUUUCGCCCCUGUGCGAAGCACCCGUUCGGCGCCCCCUUCCCUGUUCCUGUAUGGCUCCGCUCUUUUUCCGAUUACGACGUAGGCGAUGGAGCACGUGUUAUGAUGCUAUACAUGAUAAGAUCUGUGAUACUUCUGUGAUACGAUGGAGCACGUGUUAUGAAGCUAUACAUGUAGCUAAUCAUAGCAUUUCAACAUGCACAUUUAAUUUAGACUGUUUAGUUUUUCUGCGGUACUUCACACUUCAUUAUAAUAAUCUAAGGGGAUUUAAAUAUUUACUGGGCGCCCCACGUGCCCCUAUGGCCACGGCGCCCUGUGCGAGGGCACAAGUCGCGCACACCCUAAAGGCCGGCGUUAUAUUCAGUCCCAGAAAGUUGCGUCAUCAGAUCUCGUCUGCUAAAUGACGUCAUCAGUGGCAUGUGUACAAAAAAAAAUGCUUCCCGUUUGUUACAGGGCGAUGAAGGUGGUGCUGUGAUGUGCUACAACGGUUACAACUGGGUCGUCCGCGGCAUCCUGCCGUUCAACAUGUGCGCCAACGGACGUUACAACCUCUUCGUCACAGACGUGGCGCCGUACCUCAGCUGGAUCAAAGACACGAUCAACGCCAAUGGCGGUGGGCUGUGAGUCCCACCACCAGGAAUGUCAACGACAUCUCCUGACGACAGCUGUGGCGCGAAUCAAAGUAUGUUAGUUUUAGGAUUGGAUGCCAUUUGUCUUCUUUUUUUUUUUGGGUUGCAGUAUGAUCAAGACAAAAUUCACUGAUCUAUGACAGGGAACCAAGGAACUUGGAUCUGAUUUUUGCAUUGUAAAUAUAUUUUUAUUUUAUUUGAGGAAUAGUAUCUGAAAGUAAUUUUGUUUUUAAAAUUUACAUUUAUUGGUAUUUAAUGUGUGUUCAAACGAAUUCAAUCCUAUUUUUUAUAUUUACUUUUAAGCGAAAUAAGAUUAAGACGAAAUAGUUAUUACGAGUUG